UGAGUGAUGAUGGAGCUUGUGACGGCGCAGGCCCAGUUCUCAAAGCUCACAAGCCUGCCGUCGUCUUAUUUGUGCGGGGAGCCGAGCCAUGGCCGUGACGUCGACGCGGGGUACCGCCGCACCGGCCGGCGUGGGGCCGCCGUGAGGGGCCGAAGUGAAAUCGGGCGACUGUGGUCCGCUGUGUUACCAACGUCGGGCCGCAGUGUCCAUGACAGGAAGAGCGAUUCUGAUAGACUAUCCUUUUCAGGUGCAAGCCCGAAUUCAUUGGACUAUAUUUGCCCCCCCCCUUGUUCGUGAGGAUCCUGUUUUCCGGUAUUAUCGGUCAUUCACACGAGGGCCCAGUCACGAUGGAAUCGACCUACAAAGCCCUUGUCCAGCACACCUUACUCAAGUGGAACGAAAAGCGGCAAUCUGCAUCUGGCACAGCCGUCGUGCAUCCCCGACUCAUCAUCGCGCUCGCUGGACCACCAGGCUCUGGCAAGACCACCAUCGCGCGGCGCGUGGUCUCCGAACUCGACUCGUCCCCGGAACCCCGCCCAAAGUCCGUGGUAGUGUCCGCCGACGGCUUCCACCUGCCUCUCGAGGCGCUGCGCGCGCUCCCCGACGCCGCGGAGGCCGUCGCCCGCCGCGGCGCGCCGUGGACCUUUGACGGCCCGGGCCUCGUCCGCCUCGUCCGCCAGCUACGGGCCUCUGCGGGCCUGCGCCCCGUCCAGGCGCCCACUUUCGACCACGAGUUGAAGGAUCCCGUCCCUCGUGGGCUCACCAUAGAAGCGGACGUCGACGUCUGCGUCGUCGAGGGGAACUACCUACUCGUGAACGAGGGGCCCUGGAGCCGGGUCGUGCCGCUGGUAGACGAUCGGUGGCUUGUGAGGGUCGAGCCGACGCUGGCCCGGAACAGGGUUGCCGCGCGACACGUCGCGGCCGGAGUUGAAGGUAUAAUGGAAAAGGCACUGCUUCGGGCGGAAAGUAACGACAUGGUCAACGGGGAAUACAUCGCCAGGCACAGUGAGGGGAGGUACGAUUUGCUGAUUGAUAGCGUAGAGGAGCUACCAAACUAUGCCCCUGUCUUCCGUGUUAGAGCGGAGGUUUUCGACUGUCCGGACAUUAAACAACCCCCCCCCCCAAGCCUUGCGUAUUCUUGGGUGCAUAUUUCACUGACCUGUAUCGGCAUGUGAAACACGCAGUGAAUGUCCGGGGUAAGGGUGACAGUAUCCCGUCUGGCGACCAACUCUGGACAUUGCACUGGGGUUCCGGGGAGUCCUAGUCUGCAACCACUUUACUCGGAAGAGUUCCCCGUCAUGCUAGCUUCCGUCUUGU